AUGAAUAGAUUAUUUGGUCGAGGAAAGCCUAAAACCCCAGGGCCCAGUAUAUCAGACUGCAUAAGCAAUGUUGAUGCUCGAGCUGACAAUAUAGAGCAAAAGGUCCAGAAAUUAGAUGCUGAGUUAAGAAAAUACAAAGAUCAAAUGGCUAAAAUGAGAGAAGGUCCUUCUAAAAAUUCUGUUAAACAAAAGGCUAUGAGGGUAUUGAAGCAAAAGAAAAUGUAUGAGCAACAAUUGGAAAACUUAAGAUCCCAAUCAUUUAAUAUGGAACAAGCAAACUAUGCAACACAAACACUUAAAGAUACACAUGCAACCAUCUCCGCUAUGAAGGACGGUGUGUCAUCUAUGAAGAAGGAAUUUAAGAAAAUUAAUAUUGAUGAUAUAGAUGAUGUAAAUGAUGAAUUGGCGGAUAUGUUAGAGCAAGCUGAUGAAGUGCAGGAGGCUCUGGGUCGUCAGUAUGGCAUGCCAGAGAUUGAUGACGAUGAGUUAGCAGCUGAAUUGGAUGCACUCGGUGAUGAGAUAGCAUUGGAUGAUGAUUCAUCUUAUCUGGAUGAUGUUGUGAAAGCACCCGCAGCCCCGGAUAAGGAGCCUGGAGUAGAUAGCAUCAGGAAUAAGGAUGGUGUGCCCGUUGACGAAUUCGGACUCCCACAAGUACCAGCCCAGACCUCUCGCUAG